AUGAGGGGUUGUGGGGCUUCCCAGGUUGAAGAGGUGUCUUCGUUGGGUGUGGCAUUGUCAGCAAGCCUUUUGGGUUGCGGAGAUGCAUGUUUAGGAUUGGAUUCCCAAGGAGUGUUUGCUUCGAAAUUCUCCGCAGCGCGUUCCCAGACCGAGGAUAAGGAGCUGGGUUUGCCAAUGGCUCGUGAAGGAUGUGUGCGAUUGAAGUUUGGUUUGGAGCAUCGUUUGACUCCGUUUGCGUUUGUGACGAUUGGACUGCAAUGCAUUGAUAAGCUGAGUGAGGAUCCCCAACUCAUUCUGCGUUCAACAGACCAGAUCCAAUUCCGUAGAAAUAGCACUAAGGUCCUGGUGGAAAUUGACCCGGAAGACGUUCGAUAUACGACCUCGACCGCUGUAGGCAACCGGGUCUGCCUGAUGGAGCAGGUGUUAUCCAAACUGGCCACUUUUGUGUCCUCUCCGUACGAGGAUGACCCCGCAUACCCCAUUGCGAUAACGAAUCUUUGGAAGCACUAUGCCGGCAACACGGUCUUUACCACGGACCUGCUAGGUCUGGGUGAGGAGCCAACGCCUUCAGCUCCAACGCCUUCAGCUCCAACGCCUUCAGCUCAAACGCCUUCAGCUCCAAGACGCUCGGGCCCAAAGUCUUCAGCUCCAAGAGGGUCGAGUGCAAGACGCUCGGGUCCAAAUCCAAAAUUGUCAGUUCGAAGUUUCUCUGAGCCGGCGGACGCGGAGACGCAAGCUUUGGAGAGGAUCAAGACAAAGUUCAUGCUCGCAUACAAGUUGCUUGACCCUACGGAGGAGUACAAGGCUAUGCACUGGCGUGGUGUUUGUCGUCCGCCUUUGGGGCUGAAUAGUCUGCACCAGGUGGCGGUGGUCCCGCAAGGGGGUGGGCUGGAAAUGGGGGGUGUUGGAAUCCCGGAUUUUCAAGCACGCGGUUUACAGAUGGCAAUUUCAGGAGCACUUGGUCACGAGUUGGGGGUACGUGGAGAAUUAUGCGCGGAUUGUCAGCCGCGAACGAAGGUAGACCUACGGACACCGGCAUGGUUGAGGACUAUUACGGCCGCAGCGGCACCUGAAUGGAGUGUGCGGGAUAGCGAUGGAAAGGAGAAGGGACGUACAUGGUUUCAAGUGGCAUACGCCGCGUCUGAACAAGUCCGGGCGGAUGCUGAAUCACUUGGUUUGGGAACAGUAAUAAUACCCUUCUCCCAUGUUUGGAAGCCCUGGAAAAUUGAGUGUGUGGGCGAGGCGUGUGUGACUCACGAACUUCAACUACAACUGAAGCACGGAUGUCUCGUUCAACUACGUGAUCUUCUACAGACCCAUCGCCUUACCUCGAAUGUCGCCAACAGUCUUGUCCGACAACUGAGACAACGCCUCAAACACGUCGGCUCCUGCUGCUGCAUCGGCUCCUAUGCCCAGGUGUUCGUCAGUCUAGAACAACGCUGUCCACGACUCACCGCUCUCCAACGUGUUGACGAAACUAAGCUACGCAUUGUCCUCACUCCAGAAUGUAUGCAAGCAGAAUCCAAGGAACAAGCAACACUUAUAACCGAUCAAUUUAUCCAAACCUUCAAGGCAGACGCCGGCUACUUUGACGGCCCCCUCAGCUAA